UUGAAGUAUUUAUUACUAAAGCUCCUAUUCCAAUGGUUCUCCAUUUCUAGCAGAAUCCUGGCGCUCCCGCGAGAUUAUGGGGCAGAGGUUACGAGACUUCGUAUCGCCGCGCCGGGAUCCAUAUGGGGAGUUGAUGUCGGACUCGCUCCAGAAAAAGAGUCUAGAAGGGGGGAAAAUAACAACAUCUCGCGAGAAUAUUUUUGAGGGCUAAGCCCUGAGUUCCCUCCGCCCCACUUUCGUAAUAUCGCGAUAUUGAUUCGGUAAGAAACGCAGCGCAAUGCCGAGAUCUCGCGAGAUUUCCGGAUUAGGGGAGGUGGCGGCCGGCCAGGGACGCAUCGAGAAGACAAGGGGAGGGGCCAGCGGGAGUCAUCGCGAGACUUGGUGCCGCGGAUCUAGCGCUUAGGAGUCCUGGAGUCAGUGAGGGGAGCUUUGGUGGGGAAAUAGCUGUUGUAAGAUGGCGGAGACAGCCGGAGCGCGGAGUUAAAACUCACCGACCGAGAAGUUACUAAGACUCCAGCUACCAAGUUUCAUCUUGUGAAUUGGGAGGCUAACCUGGUAUAAUCUGAACUACACUUGAGUCCUUUAGACUGUGUCUUUCAAUGCAGUUUUCCUCACCCCCGACGUACCUUGCUAGUUCCAGCUAGUGAAAGGAAAUUAGACUGUUCUCACGAUGAAAGUGGACAGAACGAAGCUGAAGAAAACGCCAACAGAGGCGCCUGCAGAUUGCAGGUCUCUGAUAGACAAACUGAAAGUCUGCAGUGAUGAACAGCUUCUGCUGGAACUACAGCAAAUCAAAACAUGGAACAUUGGAAAGUGCGAGCUGUAUCAUUGGGUAGACUUGUUAGAUCGCUUUGAUGGCAUUCUAGCAGAUGCUGGACAAACGGUAGAGAACAUGUCCUGGAUGCUGGUGUGCGACAGACCUGAGAGGGAACAGCUAAAGGCUCUUCUGCUAGCAGUGUUAAACUUCACUGCUUUGCUUAUUGAGUACAGCUUCUCACGGCACCUGUACAGUUCCAUCGAGCACCUUACAACUCUGCUUGCUUCUUCUGAUAUGCAAGUGGUCCUGGCUGUGCUAAAUCUUCUCUACGUUUUUAGUAAGAGGUCCAACUACAUCACACGGCUAGCCUCUGACAAGAGAACACCUUUACUGUCAAGGCUUCAGCACCUUGCAGAGAGCUGGGGAGGGAAAGAGAAUGGCUUUGGACUUGCUGAAUGUUGUAAAGAUAUGCACAUGUCGAAAUACCCACCAAGCGCCACAACUUUACAUUUUGAGUUUUAUGCAGAACCUGGAUCCGAGGUGAAAGUUGAAAAAAGGGCAUCCAGCAACACACUACAUUAUAUACACAUUGAACAAUUAGAUAAGAUUUCUGAAAGUCCCUCUGAGAUAAUGGAAUCUCUCACCAAAAUGUACAGCAUUCCCAAGGAUAAACAGAUGCUUUUGUUUACACACAUACGACUAGCACAUGGCUUUUCUAAUCACAAGAAGCGACUACAAGCUGUGCAGGCUAGACUGCAUGCCAUCUCUAUACUAGUAUAUUCUAAUGCCUUGCAAGAGUCUGCAAACAGCAUCCUCUACAAUGGUUUGAUAGAGGAGUUAGUGGACGUGCUCCAAAUAACAGACAAGCAACUUAUGGAAAUUAAAGCUGCAUCACUAAGGACCUUGACCUCUAUUGUACACUUAGAAAGAACCCCAAAGCUGAGCAGCAUCAUUGACUGCACUGGGACUGCCUCUUACCAUGGUUUCUUACCAGUCUUAGUCCGAAACUGCAUUCAAGCAAUGAUAGAUCCAACCAUGGAGCCAUACCCUCACCAGUUUGCAACAGCUCUUUUUUCCUUCCUGUAUCACCUCGCCAGUUACGAUGCUGGUGGAGAAGCUCUUGUUUCCUGUGGAAUGAUGGAAGCGCUUCUUAAGGUUAUUAAAUUCCUUGGAGAUGAACAGGACCAGAUUACGUUUGUGACGCGAGCUGUGAGGGUUGUUGACCUUAUUACAAACUUAGAUAUGGCAGCAUUUCAGUCCCACAGUGGGUUGACCAUUUUUAUUUACCGACUAGAGCAUGAAGUUGACCUAUGCAGAAAAGAGUGCCCUUUUGUUAUCAAGCCAAAAAUACAGCGUCCCACCAAUGUUCAGGAAGGGGAAGAGAUGGAGACAGAUAUGGAAGUGUCAGAUGUUGCUAUGGAGAGCUGUCCUGGUCCUUCGACCUCCACCGAUCACCGGCCUUCCCUGAGCACAAGUAGUAGCUCCAGUAGUAUAGUGGUGUCACGAACAGGUGUGCAGUGUAUUCCUCAAAGGGCUGCUCUACUAAAAUCAAUGCUUAAUUUCUUGAAAAAAGCAAUCCAAGAUCCAGCUUUCUCAGAUGGCAUCCGUCAUGUUAUGGAUGGAACUCUUCCUACAUCAUUGAAACACAUAAUCAGCAAUGCUGAAUACUAUGGCCCUUCUUUGUUCCUGCUUGCUACUGAAGUGGUGACAGUUUUUGUUUUCCAAGAGCCCUCACUGCUUUCUUCUCUUCAGGACAACGGCUUAACAGAUGUGAUGCUCCACGCUCUCCUUAUAAAAGAUGUUCCUGCUACCCGAGAAGUUCUUGGAUCUCUUCCUAAUGUCUUCAGUGCUCUCUGUUUAAAUGCCCGAGGUCUGCAGUCCUUUGUGCAGUGCCAACCCUUUGAGCGAUUGUUCAAAGUGUUGCUCUCACCUGAUUACCUUCCUGCUAUGAGGCGACGGAGAAGCUCAGACCCUCUAGCUUUGACCUCUCUCCGGUCUCCUGCAGGCGAUACAGCCUCUAACCUGGGCAGUGCUGUUGAUGAACUGAUGAGGCACCAGCCCACGUUAAAAACAGACGCUACAACUGCCAUCAUUAAGCUCUUAGAAGAGAUAUGUAACCUUGGUAGGGACCCAAAAUACAUCUGUCAGAAGCCAUCUAUUCAGAAAGCUGAUGGCACGGCUACUGCUCCUCCACCACGUUCCAACCAUGCAGCAGAGGAGGCUUCUAGUGAGGAUGAAGAGGAGGAGGAGGUACAAGCAAUGCAGAGUUUCAGCACAAAUCAGCAAAGUGAAGUUGAACCCAGCCAGCAUGUUGUUGGCACAGAGGAGAGGAUUCCUAUUCCCCUAAUGGAUUAUAUUCUCAAUGUGAUGAAAUUUGUGGAAUCAAUUCUAAGUAACAACACAACUGAUGAUCACUGCCAGGAAUUUGUCAGUCAGAAGGGGCUCCUUCCACUUGUCACCAUCCUUGGGCUUCCCAACCUACCUAUUGACUUUCCUACCUCUGCUGCUUGCCAAGCUGUGGCAGGUGUCUGCAAAUCCAUUUUGACUCUUUCUCAUGAGCCAAAAGUUCUCCAAGAAGGACUUCUUCAGCUGGAUUCAAUUCUUUCAUCUCUUGAUCCACUUCAUCGGCCCAUUGAGGCUCCUGGUGGCUCAGUACUGCUUCGAGAGUUGGCAUGUGCUGGAAAUGUGGCAGAUGCUACUUUGUCUGCUCAAGCAACUCCAUUAUUACACGCUCUCACUGCAGCCCAUGCCUACAUCAUGAUGUUUGUGCAUACAUGCAGGGUUGGACAGAGUGAAAUCCGUGCCAUCUCUGUGAACCAGUGGGGAUCACAGCUGGGUCUCAAUGUUUUGAACAAGUUGAGCCAGCUCUACUGCUCCCUUGUAUGGGAAAGUACAGUUUUGCUGUCACUUUGUACUCCUAACAGUUUGCCUCCUGGGUGUGAGUUUGGCCAAGCAGAUAUGCAGAAAUUAGCCCCAAAGGAGGAAAAGGCAACCACUGUAUUGCCCCAAGGAACCAAAAGACCUGAAAGUGAGGUUGAAGGCACAGUUGUCAGUGAGGAAGCUUCAGGCUUACUUGAAGGAAUUGGACUGGAUGGAGAUACUUUAGCUCCAAUGGAAACUGAUGAACCCAGCACUUCUGAUGCAAAGGGCAAACCGAAAAUAACCCCAGCUAUGGCGGCCAGAAUCAAGCAAAUCAAACCAUUACUAUCAGCUUCUUCUAGGUUGGGCCGGGCUUUGGCAGAGCUGUUUGGGUUGCUUGUCAAACUGUGUGUAGGUUCCCCUGUUCGGCAAAGGAGAAGUCACCAUGCUGCCAGCACUACCACAGCCCCUACACCAGCUGCUCGCUCCACAGCCUCUGCCCUCACCAAACUGCUCACAAAAGGGCUGUCUUGGCAGCCUCCACCCUAUACCCCUACUCCUAGGUUCAGAUUGACUUUCUUUAUCUGCUCCGUUGGGUUCACAUCCCCCAUGCUGUUUGAUGAAAGGAAAUACCCAUAUCACCUCAUGCUGCAGAAAUUCCUUUGCUCUGGUGGGCACAAUGCACUCUUUGAGACUUUUAAUUGGGCACUUUCAAUGGGUGGAAGAGUUCCUGUUGCUGAGGGCCUGGAACACAGUGAUCUUCCUGAUGGUACUGGAGAGUUUCUAGAUGCUUGGCUUAUGUUAGUGGAAAAGAUGGUGAAUCCUACCACUGUGCUGGAAUCUCCUCAUUCACUUCCAACUACAAAGUUACCUGGAGGGCAGAAUAAUCCACAGUUCAGUGCUUUACGCUUCCUUGUAGUCACACAAAAGGCAGCUUUUACCUGUAUCAAAAACCUUUGGAAUCGGAAACCCCUGAAAGUAUAUGGAGGGCGUAUGGCAGAAUCAAUGCUUGCAAUCUUAUGUCAUAUACUUCGCGGUGAGCCAGUUAUCCGUGAGCGUUUGAGCAAGGAGCGAGAGGGGAGCCGUGAAGAGGAGGGGCAGCAGGAUGAGAGUGGAGCAAGACGGGAGCCUCAAGUGAACCAACAGCAACUUCAGCAGGUGCUGAUGGAUAUGGGUUUCACAAGGGAGCAUGCUCUGGAAGCUCUGCUUAACACGAGUACUAUGGAGCAGGCCACUGAAUAUCUCCUCACCCACCCUCCACCUCUUAUUGGCGGAGUUGUACGGGACUUAAGUAUGUCAGAGGAAGAUCAGAUGCUGAGAGCCAUUGCCAUGUCGCUGGGACAAGAUAUCCCUAUGGAACAGAGGGCAGAACUGCCCGAGGAAACUGCUCGGCGGAAAGAAGAGGAGGAACGCAAGGCACGAGAAAAACAAGAGGAAGAGGAAGCUAAAUGCUUGGAAAAGUUUCAAGAUGCAGAACCCCUGGAACAGGAUGAGCUUCAAGGAUUCACAGACACCAUGCUCCCUGGCUGCUUCCACUUGCUUGAUGAGCUGCCAGACACAGUCUAUAGAGUGUGUGAUCUUAUAAUGACUGCCAUAAAGCGCAAUGGGGCAGACUAUCGAGACAUGAUUCUAAAACAAGUGGUUAACCAGGUAUGGGAAGCCGCUGAUGUUCUUAUUAAAGCUGCACUGCCGCUGACCACAAGUGACACAAAAACUGUGUCUGAGUGGAUCAGCCAAAUGGCUACUCUUCCUCAAGCUUCUAACUUGGCCACUCGCAUCCUUUUGCUCACACUGCUGUUUGAGGAGCUAAAACUGCCAUGUGCUAGAGUUGUUGAAACAAGUGGAAUACUUAACGUACUAAUUAAGCUGCUUGAAGUGGUUCAGCCAUGUUUGCAGGCAGCCAAGGAGCAAAAGGAAGUUCAGACACCAAAGUGGAUUACACCAGUCCUCCUCUUAAUAGAUUUUUAUGAGAAGACCUCAAUUUCUUCUAAAAGAAGAAUGCAAAUGAACAGGUACCUUCAAGCUAAUGGAAACAACUGGCGAUGGUUUGAUGAUCGGUCUGGCCGUUGGUGCAGCUACAGUGCUAGUAACAACAGCACUAUUGAUGCAGCCUGGAAAGCAGGAGAAACAUGUGUGCGAUUUACAGCUGGCCGUCGAAGAUAUACUGUGCAGUUUACCACAAUGGUUCAGGUAAAUGAAGAGACCGGCAAUAGACGACCUGUCAUGCUGACUCUCUUGCGUGUUCCGAGACUUUUAAAGAGUGGAAAAAAUGGAAAUGGACAGGAACUUGAAAAGACACUUGAGGAGGCAAAGGAGGUUGAAGCAAAGCAAAAAGACGAAAAAGUGCCUGAGCCCAUUCCAGUUCCUGAAACCUCUUCCACUGAGAAAGAUGCACCAACUGAAGAGCCCAAAGUUGGAGACAUAGUAAUUCAGGGUCUGGCUGAAGAAAUGGUGACCGUCCUUAUACGUUCCUGCGUCGGCAUGCUUGGUGUUCCUGUUGAUCCAGAUACUCUUCAUGCAACCUUGCGUCUUUGCCUGCGUCUCACACGUGACCACAAAUAUGCCAUGAUGUUUGCAGAGCUUAAGAGCACUCGAAUGAUCCUCAGCUUAACUCAAAGCUCUGGAUUCAAUGGCUUUACUCCCCUUGUGACGCUCCUAUUUAGGCACAUCAUAGAGGAUCCUUGCACCCUCCAGCACACCAUGGAAAAGGUUGUACGGUCUGCAGCAACUAGUGGGGCAGGGAGUACCACAUCUGGGGUUGUGUCUGGAAGCCUGGGUUCGCGUGAAAUCAACUAUAUACUUAGAGUACUGGGUCCAGCAGCUUGUCGAAACCCUGACAUUUUCACUGAAGUGGCAAACAGUUGCAUUCGCAUUGCUCUCCCUGCACCUCGUGGAUCUGGAACUGCCUCUGAUGAUGAGUUUGAGAACCUUCGGAUCAAAGGUCCUAAUGCAGUUCAGUUGGUUAAAACCACCCCUAUAAAGCCCUCCACCUUGCCAGUCAUCCCUGAUACAAUUAAGGAAGUAAUCUAUGACAUGCUGAAUGCACUGGCAGCUUACCACGCCCCUGAGGAAGUAUCUGAAAAGUCUGAGCAAAAACCUGUUGGCAUGAACCAGGAAGUCAGCCAGAUCCUACAGGACAUGGGUGAUGAGGUUUUCCAGCAAUAUCGGGACUUAACCAGACAGGGAAGCGACUUUGAUGGUCAGACCAGUUUUGCCAUCAACGCGCGAGUCUUUACUGCUGACAGCACAGCUGCCGAAACACCUCAGUCUGGUACACCUCAAGGUGAAACUGCCUUAACACCUGAAGAAAACCGAGAAGGGUUAAAGAAAGAUAAGGAAGGAGACCGUAGUUCAGAAGAUGGAAAGCAGAAGGCAAAAGGUAGUAAGCCUUUGCUGCCUACCUCUUCCAUUCUUCGACUACUUGCUGAACUUGUCAGGUCCUAUGUCGGAAUAGCCUCGCUGAUCGCCACCUACAAUUACACUGCAGGACAAUCUGAACUAAUUAAAGAGGAUUGCAGUGUAUUGGCGUUUGUGCUGGAUCACCUGCUACCCCACACACAUAAUGCAGAGGACAAGGACACACCAGCCCUAGCCCGCCUCUUCUUAGCCAGCCUUGCUGCAGCAGGAAGUGGCACUGAUGCCCAGGUUGCACUAGUGAAUGAAGUAAAGGCAGCUCUUGGCAGAGCCCUAGCAAUGGCUGAGAGCACGGAGAAGCAUGCUAGGUUGCAGGCUGUGAUGUGCAUUAUCAGUACCAUUAUGGAGUCAUGUCCAUCCACCUCCAGCUUCUACAGCACAGCAACCACCAAAACCCAGCACAAUGGCAUGAACAACAUCAUCAGACUCUUUUUGAAAAAGGGGCUGGUUAGUGAUUUAGCCAGGGUCCCUCACAGCCUUGAUUUAUCCAGUCCAAAUAUGGCAAACACCGUGAAUGCAGCACUGAAGCCACUCGAGACACUGUCUCGCAUUGUCAAUCAACCCAGCAGUUUGUUUGGAAGCAAAGGGACUUCAGGAAAGAAUAAAUCUGAGGCAGAUACACAUGGAACAGCCCAGGAUCCCAACAGUAAUCAGCCAGAUACAGGUGAAACAGGAACAGAAGUGCAGGAAGAGGACCCAGAUGCUUCUCAUGCUGAAGUAGCUGAUGGAGACAUCAUGGAUGGAGAGACAGAGACUGAUGCUGUGGUUAUUGCUGGCCAGCCUGAAGUCCUUACUACACAAGAAAUGCAGGUAGAGAAUGAGCUUGAAGAUCUGAUAGAUGAACUUCUUGAAAGGGAUGGUGCUGCAGGUAACCGGGUCGGAGAAGAUGAAUCACAGGAAGAUGUGCUGAUGGAUGAGCCUCCUACUAACCUCAGCCAAGCCUCCACUCUUCAGGCUAAUCGAGAAGACUCUAUGAACAUCUUAGACCCAGAGGAUGAGGAAGAGCACACCCAAGAAGAGGACAGCAGUGGCAGCAAUGAAGAUGAAGAUGACAGCCAGGAAGAGGAGGAGGAAGAGGAAGAUGAGGACGAUCAGGAUGAUGAGGAGGGUGAGGAAGGGGAUGAGGAUGAUGAUGAUGACUGUUCAGAGAUGGAACUGGAUGAGGAUUAUCCAGACAUGAAUGCCUCACCUCUUGUACGCUUUGAACGUUUUGACAGAGAAGAUGAUUUAAUCAUAGAGUUUGAUAACAUGUUCUCCAGUGCCACUGAGAUCCCUCCAUCCCCUGGUAACAUCCCUACUACACACCCCCUAAUGGUGCGACACGCUGAUCACGGCUCCUUGACUCUUGGCAGUGGCACUUCCACUACUCGCCUGGCACAGGGCAUCGGGCGCAGCCAGAGAACACUCCGACAACUCACAGCCAACACCGGUCACACAAUACAUGUUCAUUAUCCUGGCAACAGGCAGCCAAAUCCACCUUUAAUCCUCCAGAGGUUGCUGGGGCCCUCAGCCGCUGCUGACAUCUUGCAACUAAGCAGCAGUCUUCCUCUGCAGAGUCGUGGCCGAGCACGUCUACUUGUUGGCAACGAUGAUGUCCACAUCAUAGCACGCUCUGAUGAUGAGAUGCUUGAUGAUUUUUUCCAUGAUCAGAGUACAGCCACAAGUCAGGCUGGCACACUUUCCAGCAUUCCAACUGCGCUGACCCGCUGGACAGAAGAGUGUAAGGUCUUGGAUGCUGAAAGCAUGCAUGACUGUGUAUCUGUGGUCAAAGUCCCAAUCAUCAAUCAUUUGGAAUCUUUGCGUGAUGAGGAGCUUGAGGAGCGCAGGGAAAAAAGAAGGAAACAACUAGCAGAAGAGGAGGCCAAGAUGGCAGAGAAAUCCAAGGAGGAGAAGGAAGCAAAGGAGCAAAAUUCACAGGGUGCCAAUUCAAAGCAGAAUACCCCAUUUGAACUGAGCCUUGCAGAUCAAGAUGGAAGUGGUCGUCCUGAAAAUUUCCCAACUGCACCAUCUUCUGCAGAAGGAACUCCAACAAGUCCUGAAAUUGUUCGUUUAGAUCCCACCCUAAGGGCUACUGAGGCUACUCUGGCAGAGCUGACUCAGGGUCUGCCUGCUGAUACAGGCACGGAGGAUGUUGGGCAACAACUCAUGCCAUCUCACCAAGAGGACUCUGGACCAGGACGGCCAAGUGUAGAGGGGGAUGCCACACAAAUGGAGCUAUCGCCAGCACCCACUAUAACCUCCUUAUCACCAGAGCGAGCAGAGGAUUCAGAUGCUUUGACAGCUGUUAGUAGCCAACUAGAGGGCUCGCCUAUGGACACCAGCAGUCUUGCCUCUGGGCCCUUAGAGGAUGGCGUAGGGGAGGCACCUGGAAUUGUUAAUCCAGAGCAGCCUCUUGUGGUUGGCAGUAGCAUUGCUGUUGGACAGCAACCAGUGGAACCACCGACGACCUGUGAAACCCAACCAGUAGUUUCUCAACACAGUGAUAGCUCACAAAUUGCCCCUUCCUCUGAGUUGCCUUCCACAAGAGAAAGUGCUGUGACCUUGUUGGCUACAGAUUCUAGUGGUAUCCUUGAAGAACCUUUGCCUUCUACAAGCAGUGAAGAGGAAGACCCAUUAGCAGGCAUAAAUCUUCCAGAGGGUGUGGAUCCUUCUUUCCUAGCGGCUCUUCCUGAAGACAUCCGCAGAGAGGUGCUGCAGAAUCAGUUGGGCAUACGGCCGCCAUCGCGACCUCCACCCACUGCUGCCCCAGUUAUUCCUCCUCCUGUGGUUGCUAAUGCUGGUGUCACGGAGGUCAGCCCUGAGUUCUUGGCAGCGUUGCCACCAGCCAUUCAGGAAGAGGUCCUAGCACAGCAGCGAGCAGAACAGCAGAGGCGGGAACUUGCUCAGACCACUACGUCUGAUACACCCAUGGAUCCUGUGACUUUCAUUCAGACGUUACCUUCUGAUCUACGUCGUAGUGUGUUAGAAGACAUGGAGGACAGUGUUUUAGCUGUGAUGCCACCUGACAUUGCUGCAGAGGCACAGGCUCUAAGGCGAGAGCAAGAAGCUCGGCAGAGGCAACUAAUGCAUGAACGACUGUUCGGGCACAGUAGCACAUCUGCACUCUCUGCCAUCCUUAGGAGUCCUGCUUUCACGAGUCGCUUGAGUGGAAACCGAGGUGUUCAGUACACACGGUUGGCUGUACAGAGAGGGAACACUUUCCAAAUGGGAAGCAGCAGUACACAUACCAGACCAACCGGUAGUAAUGUUGACAGCCUACUACGAUUACGAGGCCGACUAUUACUUGAUCAUGAAGCCCUCUCCUGUCUGCUUGUCCUACUGUUUGUUGAUGAACCCAAGCUAAACACCAGUCGCUUGCACCGUGUUCUACGCAACCUCUGCUACCAUGCACAAACAAGGAACUGGGUGAUUAGAAGCUUGUUGUCUAUACUGCAGCGUAGCAGUGAAAGUGAGCUUUGUAUAGAAAGCCCAAAGACUUCUAUUGGGGGCACUGAUAAACGGGGUGCAAAAACAAGUCAUGACAACCGCCCUUUAGAAUUUCUGCAUAAGAUGGAAUCGAAGAAUUCCAACCAGCUCUCCUGGCUUUCUGUAUCCAUGGACGCUGCUCUUGGCUGCCGUACGAACAUCUUCCAAAUCCAGAGGUCCCUAGGACGCAAGCAUACAGAAAAGCAUUCAGCCUGUGGUUCUACUGUCCACAUCCAUCCCCAAGCAGCCCCUGUAGUGUGUAGACAUGUGCUUGACACACUAAUACAGCUAGCUAAGGUGUUUCCCAGUCAUUUCACACAGCAGCGAACCAAAGAAUGUAGUGUGGAAAACAGUGACAGCAGGGAGCGGAGUAUAAAACUUACUUGUAGUCCGUGUCUUGCACCAUCUAGUAGUAUUGGAGCAAGCAACAUCUCCACAGAUUUCUGGGACUUGCUAGUCAAGCUAGACAACAUGAAUGUGAGCCGGAAGGGGAAAACGUCUAUAAAAUCUGUGCCAGUGAGCUCUGGUUCUGAAGGCGAGAGCAAUCAGUGCAGCCUGGAGGCCUCCCCCUUAGGACAGCUUAUGAAUAUGCUGUCUCAUUCUGUUAUUCGCCGCAGUUCGCUGCUUACUGAAAAGCUGCUGAGACUUCUCUCCCUUAUCUCUAUUGCCCUUCCUGAUAAUAAGGCUUCUGAAACAGCAGGCAAUCAGAGCAAUUCUAUUACCCCAGCACCUGCACCUACGCCUGCAACUGCACCAGCCCCUGUGCCUGUACCUGCUGUAACAGUUCCAGUUGUUGUGAGCACAAACAUAGUGACAACUGUUACAACCAAAAGUGGAAAAUCUCCUGCAAAAUCAAGUGAAGUCAGCAAUGCACCAGAUAAGAUGGCAGCUUCUGGCCUUACAGAGAAACAGCUGCAGUUGUCUGUUGAGGUUCUGACAUCACACUCGUGUUCAGAAGAAGGACUGGAGGAUGCCGCCAAUGUUCUACUUCAGCUUUCCAGAGGCGACCCCAGUACACGGGACACUGUACUGAAACUUCUGCUUAGCGGAGCACAUCACUUGGGGUUUACUCUCUGCAAACAGAUAGGUACACUACUAGCAGAGCUCCGGGAAUAUAACCUAGAGCAGCAGCGUCGUGCACAGUGUGAAGUUCUUUCUCCAGAUGGUAUGCCUGAGGAGCAACCCCACAGCACAAAGCCAAAAGGCAAAAUGCAGAGCAGUGUUAGGUCUCUCCCCACCCCACCUAUGCGAUCCAGGUUCGACAUUGCAGAGAAUGUGGUGAUUGUGGCUUCCCAAAAGCGUCCACUGGGAGGAAGAGAGCUGCAGCUCCCCUCAAUGUCUAUGCUGACGUCAAAGACUUCCACACAAAAAUUCUUUCUUCGAGUGCUGCAGGUUAUCAUCCAGCUUCGCGAUGACACUCGCAGAGCCAACAAGAAGGCCAAGCAGACCAGCAGAUUAGGCACUGCCAGUCUGGCCUCGGCUAGCAGCAUCCAAGCAGCUGUGCAGCAGCUGGAGGCUGAGGCUGAUGCCAUUAUACAAAUGGUACGUGAGGGUCAAAGGGCGCGGAGACAGCUGCAAACUGCAACGGCGGAGGGUUCUGCUCGCAGGGAGGAGCAGCCUAUGGAUGUUGACCAGCCUUCGCCUGCUACACAGGAGCCUCAGUCAGUUGCUUCUGAAGGUUCUCAGGCUGCUGAAAAAAAAGAAGAGGAGAGGUUACCAGAGUUACCGCUGUUAAGUGAGCAGCUAAGUUUAGAUGAGCUGUGGGACAUGUUGGGAGAGUGCCUGAAGGAACUUGAGGAAUCUCAUGACCAGCAUGCCGUAUUAGUGUUACAGCCAGCCGUAGAAGCCUUUUUCCUUGUUCAUGCAACAGAGCGGGAGAGCAAGCCUCCUGUGCGGGACACUCGGGAAAGCCAGUUAUCUCACAUUAAGGAUGAACCACCUCCCCUGUCUCCUGCACCCCUCACUCCAGCCACACCUUCUUCCUUGGAUCCUUUCUUCUCUCGUGAACCUUCAUCUAUGCACAUUUCCUCUAGUUUGCCUCCUGACACUCAGAAGUUCCUAAGAUUUGCUGAGACUCAUCGGACUGUAUUAAAUCAGAUCCUUCGCCAGUCCACCACACACCUAGCUGAUGGGCCCUUUGCUGUGCUUGUAGACUAUAUCAGAGUCCUUGACUUUGAUGUUAAGCGCAAAUAUUUCCGACAGGAGUUGGAGCGACUGGAUGAAGGGCUAAGAAAAGAGGAUAUGGCAGUGCAUGUGCGGCGAGAUCAUGUGUUUGAGGAUUCCUACCGGGAGCUGCACCGCAAAUCCCCUGAAGAAAUGAAGAAUAGAUUGUACAUAGUAUUUGAAGGAGAAGAAGGGCAGGAUGCAGGUGGGCUGCUUCGGGAGUGGUACAUGAUUAUCUCCAGGGAGAUGUUCAAUCCCAUGUAUGCUUUGUUCCGCACUUCCCCAGGUGACCGCGUCACCUACACUAUUAAUCCUUCCUCCCACUGUAACCCUAACCACCUCAGCUACUUCAAGUUUGUGGGCCGGAUAGUUGCCAAAGCGGUUUAUGACAACCGGCUACUGGAGUGUUACUUCACUAGGUCCUUCUACAAGCAUAUAUUGGGCAAGUCUGUCAGAUACACAGACAUGGAGAGUGAAGAUUAUCACUUCUAUCAGGGUCUGGUGUACUUGCUUGAAAAUGAUGUCUCCACACUGGGAUAUGACUUGACUUUCAGCACUGAGGUUCAAGAAUUUGGUGUCUGUGAAGUCCGAGACCUAAAACCAAACGGUGCAAACAUUCUGGUAACAGAAGAAAACAAAAAGGAGUAUGUUCAUCUUGUGUGCCAGAUGAAGAUGACAGGUGCAAUACGUAAGCAAUUGGCUGCCUUCCUUGAGGGAUUUUAUGAGAUAAUCCCCAAACGUCUGAUCUCCAUCUUCACUGAGCAGGAAUUGGAACUGCUUAUCUCUGGCCUUCCCACCAUAGAUAUUGAUGACCUAAAAUCAAACACUGAGUAUCACAAAUACCAGUCUAACUCCAUCCAGAUUCAGUGGUUCUGGAGAGCGUUGCGCUCAUUCGAUCAAGCUGACCGGGCAAAGUUCCUUCAGUUUGUUACUGGAACUUCAAAGGUCCCAUUACAGGGUUUUGCUGCGCUGGAAGGAAUGAACGGCAUCCAGAAAUUCCAAAUCCACAGAGAUGAUAGAUCUACAGACAGGCUGCCUUCUGCGCACACGUGCUUCAACCAGUUGGACCUUCCAGCCUAUGAGAGUUACGAGAAGCUACGUCACAUGCUGCUGUUAGCCAUCCAGGAGUGCUCUGAGGGCUUUGGCCUUGCCUAGGAAUGGGCUGCUGUUUUCUACUGUUGGACUUAUAUGGGAGAGAAAGCAAAACAAAGCCAUGCAUCUAUCUCGCUCACCCUACUGGCACCUACAAGAGGGACUUGCCUUCUGAAGCUGCCGUCUGUCUCCGUUCCCUUCUGAUGGUGAACUUGGUUGUGCCGAGACUUGAAAACACUGCUCAGUGGGGAUUUAGGCAAUGGGAGGAGCAGGGGGGAAAUUAUAUAUAAGUAUAUAAAUAUAUUUUUUUUCUGUUUUGCUUUUCUUCAGUUUUGCUUAUGGGUGAGUUAUGCUCCGGCUUUUCACGUGAAAAGCUCAAAAGGGCAGGGGGAGAGAAUCAAAUGAGAAAUGUUGAAGAAACUUAUGUCAAAAAAAAGCAGAGAUUCAUUGGAGAACUGAAACAAUAGAGCACUCUUUAUGAAACAGCCACUAUUCCCAACAGUUUGUUUUUUUCCAGCUUCAAAUACAGUUCUGAGGUGUUUACCUGUAAAUAAACCACUGAACCGAAAAUAACCCAAUCAAUACAGUUUUUCAUUUCUGCCCUGUUCUUUGUUUGGCAGUUUGGCCUAAAAUGGGUGGGCUGUGUUGGUAACAGGCACCAGGAGGGUUAAAGCCGCAGUUGGCCAAUUCAAGUGCUAAAUGCAGGCUGCCUAACGACUUUGCAGUUAUGUUUUCCCAUGUCUUAUCAGAGAGGUUGCAUUGUUUGGGUGUUAAAUUUUUUAUGCAAUGGGGAAAUAUAUGUGCAUUGAAAUGUAAAGCAAAAUGUACAAAAAAAUCACUUUAGCCAAGUUUUUUUUUGUUUUGUUUUUGUUUUUUUUUUACCCCUCCCCCCAUUUCCUUAUAUUUAUUUAGAACCCCUUAAAUAUUUUGCGCCCCCUCUAAAUGACUUCAGGUUUGAAUUGUUAGGAUUUUCUGUUUUGGAAGUUUUUGGAAUUUCUCUUAAAAACUGAAAUAAAAAGAAAAAGAUAAGACCAGAAA